AUGGACUUAAUCAAGACAAGAACGUGGACCUCCCUGGGUCUCCUUCUCUCCUGCCUGAGCGUUUCUCGGGUCUGUCUGCAGCUGAUGCUCUUCUAUGUCACACUGAUCUUCCUCUCCUUGGCGGAACUUCCCUCAUUAAGUGAAUACUUUGCCAUUGCCAUGUUUGUAAAUGAGUCGGGGCUCUGGUUCGCUACAUGGCUGGGUGUCUUCUACUGCGUCAGGAUCGCCAACGUGGCUCACCAACUCUUCUUCUGGCUGAAGAGGAGGAUUUCCAGGCUGAUUCCUUGGCUCAUCCUGGCAUCCCUAUUCUAUUCAUCUAUCAUUUCAGUUAUCUACAGCAAAUACAUGUGGCUGGUUCCUGAAAAAAUAUUGCUGCAGUAUUUCUCAAAGAAUGCCACCACCCACAGCGAAGCAGUGUCUGCUGUUCAAUAUGUUUUGGUCUUUGCGCUCUCACUGCCAUUUCUUAUAUUCCUUGCUGCUGUCCUGUUGUUGGUUUUCUCCCUGGCGAGACACACCAGGCAGAUGAGGCGCAUGGUGGCGAGCACCGGGGAUGCGGGCAGGAGUGCCCCUCUCAGCGCCCUCUUGUCCAUCCUGUCUUUCCUCAUCCUGUACCUCAGCCACUGCAUGGUUGGUGCCCUGUUCUCUUCUCAGAUCUUCCAGAUGGAGAACUUAGUCCUGCUCUGCACCUCUCUGGGUGGGAUGUACCCCGCAGCACACUCUGUCAUCUUAAUUUUGGGGAACUCUAAACUGAAGCAGAACGCAAGGCUGCUGCUUCUCCACGGGAGGUGCCGUCCAUGA